GAAAGCCUUUACACAGCAAUGAAGACCCAACGCAGCCAAAAAUAAAUAAAAGAAAAAACAAAAAAGAAGAAAAAAAGAUGCAAAUGCUUUCAUAGUUGGAGCUUUGGGUCUGAUUUGGCCUGGUAUAUGUGCAAAUGAGACUCCUGAAGAGAGUUACAGAUUUUCAGAUCUGGUAAAAGGAGAUUGCAGAUAUAGGUUCCAAAACCCCUGUAUUCCCUGUAAACAGAAGUAGCAAAGAGGUAUAAAUAUAGGUUAAAAACUAUGAUAAAGUCUUCAUUUUAUCCACUGGAUUCCUGGUUAAAGGUACUAAUUGGGGUUUCUCAUUUCCACUGUACUCCAGUACCUUCCAAGGUCAAGUAGGGAAGCAAGCUGAUGGUGGAGACUGUAUGUGCCCUGCCCAAAUCCUAUUGGAUGUGCUCCGCACCAAGCUUUAGCGUGCUUUUCUCUUAAUGACCAGCAUCUGUGACCUUUUUCAGCUUUCCUUUGGGCUACUCGAGUUGCCUAACCUGUACACAGACCCUGGGAAUCUAUAUCCACCCAGGGUUGCCCAUAGCUAAUGGACAGGAAUAUAAAAGUCCAGUUCCCUUGCCUCAUGUUGAAGUAAACUUUAGGUGUAAUUUACACUCCAAAGCUACACCCUGGGAUGAUUAUGAAGCUGAGACUUCCUAAAAUUGCAACCUUGCUUCUUGACUUCCUUUCUUUCUCUGUCCUGCUUUCACCACUCUCUUUUGGUCUCUCUGGGAGCACUUUCCCAAAAAAUCACUUGCAUAGGAAUCCUCAUCUCAAGGUCUGCUUCUGGGGAAUCUGACCCAAGACAGAAGCAUUCCAAAGUCUACAUUUGAGUGGGAGAGGAGGUGAAUUCUACCAUUCACAUGAGACGUUCUGUAAUCUUAUCCUCUCCUAUAAGGUAGGCGUUCAUUAGAUGUUUCUUGCUGUAGGGAUGAUCUCAAGCUGGAGAACUGAGAAAAGAAACAGACCUCUGCCACCUAUGCACUGCUCCCCUCCCUCCACAGCUGACAGGGCCACAGAGGACCUUAGGAGGUGUUGAUGAAUCUCACUUAGCCAAGGGAAGUAAGAGAAGCUGGCUUUGCUCAUGCUUUAAAUGAAUUAGAUCUUGGACACCCAAAGCUGUAUCUGGGUGCUUUCAUACUUGAAAGGACAUUGCCACAGAAGAUAGUGAUUCAGCAAAACAGGUCUGCAGUGAGGAAACGUGGAUCAAAAAUAUAUUGGGGUAUGCUUCUGAUACUUAAUAGGGUUUGACAGUGUCUCUACGAUUUUAUUGCAAAACUGAUUGAUGAUACAGCACUAUUUUUUUUUUUUUUUUUUUUUGGUAUGCGGGCCUCUCACUGCUGUGGCCUCUCCCGUUGCGGAGCACAGGCUCCGGACGCGCAGGCUCAGCGGCCAUGGCUCAUGGGCCCAGCCCCUCCGCGGCAUGUGGGAUCCUUCUGAACCGGGGCACGAACCCGUGUCCCCUGCAUCGGCAGGCGGACUCUCAACCACUGCGCCACCAGGGAAGCCCCAGCACUAUUUUUUUGAGUGCUUUCUACUUGUUUGGCAGUGUUUUCUCAUGUAUUAUAUAUCAUUGAAUCCUUGUAGUCUGCUUGUGAGAUAUUAACAUUGCUAUUUUACAGGCAAGAAAGCUGAGGCUCAGAGAGGUUAUGCUCCUUGCCUAAGGGUUACACUUGUAACAAGUGGCAAAGCUGGGAUUUGAGCCCACGUUAUUCUGAUUCAGACAACUAUGUGCUUAACCACCCACCAGAGUACAGGUCCCACACUGGCUCUCUUCUCUCUAAAGUGAUCAUGGAAAGAUUUAUCAACAUUUGCACAAGGCAGAAAACUAUCUCAUCUGAGAAAGUUUAUAUAGACAGUUUUCUUUUCCAAGAAUAAGUAAAUGCAUAGGAAAUUGAAAUAUAUUAAAUGAGCCUGACAUGCUGCAAUACAGAGAGUAUGUUAUAUGGUGAGGUUUUCUCUAAGCUUUGCAUUUUCUUGUUACAAGGUCAAUAUGAUGAUUAAUGGUGUAUGCACAAGGUAGAAAAUUAUUAUUUUCUUUGCAGUUAUUUAGAGGGUAUUGCAUCUGGUAUAAUUUCUCUCCUAUUUGGGGGAAUACUAGGAUUGUCCUUGGAUUUGGACUUUUGUUUUUCCCCCUCCUCUCCACUCCCAGCCUCUUUUUGGCCCUAGCACCAAGGCCAGAAAGGCUGCAGAACUACUCCUGUUUUACCCAGUUAAUUCCCUCCAGGACUGAAAAAGGUGCUAUUCCUGAAUACUAACAGUUUUUGCAAACCUCAAAUGCAAUAUGAGAACACUUUGGGACAACAGCCUUUAAUGAAGAAAAAAAAAAAAAAGAACAAUAUAUCCUGUAUUUAGAUACAGGAUAUGUGUUCAUAUUUUAGCUUAAGCAGUGAAGGGAAACUGCAGCUCUUCUUGAAAUUUUAAGGUGUCAUUUUUCAACAACACAGAAAGUAAAAUUUGAAAGUGGUUGCAAAACAGUGGGUCUUUAUCUUUAUUUAGAACUAGAUCCAGAGUUUAGAGCAAAAUUCUCUUCUCUGGGGUUCAAAUAUUGUUUACCCCGAAUAGAAUAUGCCUUCCUGUUUGAUAGAAAACACAUGAAAGCAUUCUAAUUGUGAAACAGCCCCAGGCAAGUGGUAUUUAGGAAAAUAAAAUGCUAAGCAUGGAAUCACGAAGCUGGAAAAACCCCUAUGAGAACAUCUAGUUCUGCCCUCAUCUUCUAACUGAGAAUGACUAACUCAUCCUGUAUGGGUUUUUUCUAUUUUGGUAGGAUUUAUAAAUGUACAUUGUCAUCUUUAGUGCCCAUUCACAUGACGUGUUUCAGUUAAUGGUGGAAUAUCUGGGUAAUCACGGGAAGCCACCAGUACCUAAGAAAACACCUGGCACAUAAACAGUAUUUAGGAGAACUUUUAGUAGAAGGAAUAAAUGCAUCAACAAAUGAAAAAAUGAAGGCUGAAUAGUAGAAAAUUUAUGAUGGGACUCUUACUGGUCUGAUUAAUUAAUAAAAUAGAAAGGAAUUAGCCCAAGUUCAAUGUCUUGCAAACUCUACCAUUUCACAUUACAUAGUGUGGAUUUUAUCCUUCUCAAUCAGUAAGGUGACUAUGUAAUGUAUAUUCCAAACAAGGACCCUUUUGGGUGUGAAAGGGGGUGUUAUUUUUUUAAUUAAUUAAUUAAUUUAGGGGACACUAUUAAUAAUUGCACCAGGACAAGACUGCUCUGGGCAAAGUGGAACCAAUAGUCACCCUCUCCAUAAGGGAUCAGGGGCAGAGGAAAAAUCUAUUCAUACAGGCUCUAAAAUAAGAAACAGUGGGGUGUUAAGUCACAAUUGAAGAUUGGAGGACGUUCACUAUCAAUACUUCUGGCUUUCUCCCCUUGGACAUUCUUAUCUCAUCUUGGAAUUAUGGUAAGAAAUAGGGCAAAAUGAUAAAGACUCCCUUCCAAUAAUUAGGAAAUAAAGAAACUCUUACCAAAAGCUAGACUGAGAGUGUGCCCAGCAGCCCCCCAGCUCUCUCUCUUGCUUCACCAGCCUUUGGAUGGAACAAACGGGGUGCUCCCACCCCGGCCUUGCCUCCCCCUCCCCCUCCUCAUGCCGCUCACCACCCUCUAGCGUGGCCACUUUAGUCGCAACUUCCGGCAGAAUCGUCGAGGCUUAUCCUCCACUUCCGGGAGCCGCCUAACGUACUUUCUGGAGAAGGCCUCCUCACUGCUGACUAGCCAUGAGCGCCCAGAGCAAGCGGAGUUCCUCCGCCGAGGCGGAGGCUGCCAUCAGCCGCCUGAUCAACCUAAACUUGCAGGCCUCGUCCACCUACCUCUCCCUGAGCUAUUACUUCGAAGGCGACAAGGUGGCUCUGGGGGGCGUGGGCCGCUUCUUCCGGGAGCUGGCUGAGGAGAAGCGCGAGGGCUCCCAGCUCCUCUGGAAGAUGCAGCAGCAGUGGGGCAGCCGCGACCCGGCCCAGGACGGGCAGAAGCUGUCGCCGGACGAGUGGAGCACCAUAGUGGAAGCCGUGGAGGCUGCCAUGGCCCUGGAGAAGAGCCUGAACCAGGCCUUCUUGGAUCUCCAUGCCUUGGGUUCUGCGAGCGCGGACGCCCAGCUCUGCGAGUUCCUGGAUAGCCACUUCCUGGAGGUGGAGAGGAAGAUCCUCAAGAAGAUGGGCGACCACCUGACCAACCUGCGCAAGCUGGCCGGGCCCCAGGCCGGGCCCCUGGCUGAGCAGGGCAUCUCUUCGAAAGGCUCUUCUGCCAGCGCGACUAGGAGCCUCGCGGCAGCCCCGGAGAGACGCCUUUGCCUCCUCCAGUGAGAUCUGCGCCCCAGCCUCCUCUUCCACCAGGAGGCAACGCUUUAACCACCCUGUAAAACCUUCACCCGAGCCGAGGCACCAGAUAGAAACUCCCCUCUCUUUGCAGAGGGGGAAAAAAAAGCUAGGUUGUGAGAAAAAUAAAAGUAUCUUAAU